AUGGUCUCAAGACUAUGUGACUCAAUUGGUGGCUUACAAGAAAUGGGCACAAGUUACCCCUCCCUUACAAGUUGGGGAUGUAGUCCUAGUGAGCGAUGACCACCUUCCAAGACUGCGCUGGAAACUUGGACGCCCACAAGAAAUAUUCCUAAACCAGACUCCGAACCAGGUCAAGAGCUACAAGGGCAAAAACUGAAACUCAAAGCAAAAGAAAAGCUCUCUGGAGAUGACCAAGCAUCAUUUGUGUCAUUUGCGGAGUGGGUAGAGCUCCGCAUACAAAUCAUGGAAGAAGCCAAAGGACAAUUGGGUUGGAAAAAAAAUUUGAAGGAUCACAAGGGCAAAGGAAUGGAGUUCAUAGUAGAAGUUUUAAUACUAGUUUCAAAUAAACAGAAUUCAUUGUUGACACAUGUACACAAAAACACCCACCUAGGGUGUGCAAAGUCUUAUAAGAGUUACCUAUACAGAAGAUAAAAGAGCUGAUUACACGCACACGUCGUUGCCAGCUGCUGGUCAUCAUGGAAAGGAGUGUCAUAAUGCUACGAAAUGUGAUGAUGGCGGAAGUUUACGUACAGCUACUUGCAUGAACAUGCUCCAGAUAAUAGACGAGCCAAGGGCAGCUACAGGCAAGUGCCCCUCCAUUCCACCAGGAGCAACUUAACCUGGAACCUAAAACCUGGCAUGAUACAGGAACAAACACUAAUGUUUCAGCACCGCUUGACAAUUGUGCCCAAGACAAACACAGAAAACUGGGCAUGCUGAACAUAUUUCAUUGAUAACAAAUCCAGCACUGAUAAGUAAAAAUUGGAGAUAUACAACUUAAGAUAAACGCCAUGCUAGACUCAUGUUUGAAGGGCUCUUUUAAUUCGAAGGAAGCCGCUGAAGAACUCCAAUUACAUGGACAGGCUUUAAACCUAACCAUUGCUCGAACAGGAAGACCUGAAAUCAGGACACGCUCAGGCAGGGUUGAACGGAUAGUAACAAACUUAAAACAUAUGUUUUUAAGUCCUUUGCAAGCUCAUGUUGUUGAUAACAUUGCUGGAGAUACUCUGGCUAUCCACUGUUUAGACCUAAAUGAAAAAGGCCCCACCUUCGCAAUUUGCCAUUUGAUAAUGAAACAAGAAGGCAAGAGAUUGAUAUCAUGAUUGGUAGGAUCAUCCAGUCUUUAAUCAUGGGUUAAAGGAAGCUUCUAGGUGACAAACCAGAUCACUCUGUUGCGUGACAGACAAAUUUGGGUUGGGUGUGCUUUGGUCCCACUGUGGUGGAAGACUUUCGACACAGCUCAGGUUCACAUUUCACAUGUAUGUAGCGCAGCAGUCAAAUUAACAAGCCAUCUCUACUUGAUGAAAGUUUGUGCAUUUUGGGAACUUGAAUUCCUAGGAAUUAAAGAAAAAGCGGAAGCACUGAGGACAGUUGAAGAGAGAGCAGUGGUUCCACAUGUAGCUGAAAAACUCAAGUUUGAGAAUAGGCGAUACUGGGUGGAAAUGCCAUGA